ACUUGAUAGCUUCCUGCAACACUGAUUUUAUUUACAGAAAACUUAUCUGUAAGCGUCUUUUUAUAGCGAUCACUUAGUAUAAGUGACUGGCGAUUUCCCGACAACGCACUUGCUUGGUGUUGCAUAGACGUUUAUGCCAAGAUUACCAAAAGCAUAAUCAGUAAAAGCCUUUUACACGGUGUAAAACGAAGAAAUAACAUGAAUAGUCGUUCAAUUGCGCCAAAGGAAAAUUGCCAAAUUUAGUACAUCCACUCAAUGAUUAUGACCUUAAGGUAAUGCUAUCAAAACCCAUAAACAUUUUCUGAUACUUAAUUUGCAUUGAGUAAAGCCAUUGAAAAACUUGAAUAGAAGAAAAAGAUUGACUUAAGGCGUCACUUGAUGAAGACAAAAAGUCUGGGGUGAUUUUAAAGCCAUAUCUGAAUCAGAUAACAAACCUUAUUACUUUCUUUUAGAAUUCGCCCUCGAUAAUGGAAGUAGAACAACCUGGAAGCAAGAUAUAUACAUUACCGGCUUUCUUUUUUCGUGAAUCGGAAGAAAAAAAUCUGCACGGUGGAAGUGAUAAGUCGACCGAGUUUACAAACAAGCAAAAAUAAUUCUGACAACAUGCGAUUUCAGAUAGGGUUAAAAAGGACAGAGUUCUUGUUGCGUUGUUGGCAAAUAGAAACAAAAGCUUUGAAAUAAGUUCGCGCCUCGAUCACAUUCAUUCGAAUCACAAAUAUGGAGCAAAAUGUGCAUUAACACACACCUGCUUGACGCCACAGGCUGAAGUUUUUGUUUGCUCGUAACAAUCAACUUUUCUUUCUAUUUGUUCGGUUGCGUUUUACAGUCUGCCUUUAUUCCCUCAUUUGGCUUCAUCCCAGGAAUCUCUAUGAAAAAACGGAAUAUUCAUGGGGAGGCGUGUUUUAAUGUUAAGUCGGAGCUUUUAAGGUUGUUAUAAAAUCAUGUUGUGUGGCCAUUCAAUUGCAUUCUAUUGCGGAGUAGUUCUUUUAUAUAUGGUGUUGUUUCGUUUAAGAAUUGUGCGCAAGGCUCUUUAAGGUGAAAAGGGUCAACUCUAUUGUCACCAGCGGUGACCCAGAGAUCAAAUAUUUAUGAUCAGAUCGCCUUUCAAUUAAACGUUAUCUUAAAGCGAAAUAGAUGAUCUUUCGAGGAAAGCGAGAGAGCAGUAUAAAAUUACAUUUACGGCGUGAUGUCUGAAAGAAAGUGCUUGAUAAUGAUAGAGCGGGUACGGACGUCGCUUUUUUUAACUGCGUUGAUCGGAUCAGUCCUUAUUAAAUGCAAAGACGACUUUGUCAGCCAAAGUGUUUUAUAAAACCAACCCUGUUUAAUUACCAUCGGAGGCAUGAAUAACUAAUUCGAAGCUUUAAACCUCCCGAUAACAUUAAAGUUUAAUUAAACAACGCCGUUUCUCUCAAUCAUAAAAACAAGACGUUGAAAAAAGACAAAAACAUAUAUUACCCCGAAACCUACAGUUAAUAUUCCGAAAAUGAGGCGGAAAAAUUGACUUAUCGGGCCAGUUAGCAACAAGCGAAUAAUUGAUUUGCAAUUGAAUCGGCAAACUGUGGAGCACAACUUGUGCAUGUGCGAUAUUGUCUUUUAUGGUAACGAAUCACACUGACUCACACUAACAGAGUUGUAAUCUCGGGGAAAAAAAAAGAUGAACGGCUCGAUAUAUCACCAUAUGGACAGCUCUUACUCAACGAAGAACACCACAGUUGCGGAAGAAAUCCCAGUUUUUCUAUCUCAGAGAAUUGUCCAGCAGAUCUUUUACGGGGUGAUUUUUGUGCUCAGCAUGACGGGAAACGCUGCUAUGCUAGCGGUUUUGUGCAAAGGUUGUCGACUACCUUCGCACAAAAACGUUUUUCUUGUUAAUAUGAUCUUGGCAGAAACUGCCGUCGCUGUGACUUCCAUACCAAUUGACUUUGCCUUGUUGUUCUCGGAGGAAGGCUGGGUGUUCGGUUCGUUCAUGUGCCAUGUUUUAUGGCCGAUGCAGACCGCGCCAUUUGGGGCGCUUGUGUUGACUCUCACUGCUAUGAGCAUACAACGCUACAGAGGAAUCGUGAAUCAUUUGAAGAGAAGGAAAGUGGGCCGGGAAUCAUCGCGCACAACCGUAGCGUUUAUUUGGGUGUUUUCGCUGAUAAUAGUUGUACCAUACGGAGCGUUUUUGCGGCUUGUGGACGGUGAGUGCAUUGAAACAUGGGGAACACUCGGUAGCCAAGUUUACACGCUUGGACUGUUCGCAUUUCACUACGCGAUUCCCCUGACAAUCAUCACGUUUUGUUACGCUCGAAUUGCGUUCCGUAUUCGUCGCGGACAACACGAGGGCGCGGAGAUUAUUUCAGGCACACGUCAAGCGCGUCUUAAACGCCGAACGCGACAUGUUCGCGCGGUUCGCAUGGUUGUUCUGUUUGUGAUAGUGUUUGCAGUUUGUAUGUUACCUCACCAAGUCGUCUGGCUUUGGAUAACUUUUGGCAAAGAUGUUCAGUAUUCCGACAACUUGCUAACCUUUGCCUAUAUGUUUACAUUUACCAGUAGCUUUGCAAAUCCUCUAGUUUACUUCACGCACAACCCUAGCUUGAGGGCGAGGCUAAAAACCCUUGUUUUGUGCCGUUCCGCGCCUGAAGGCUUCAGAGGCACUAGUUUCUUAACAAGCGAUGAAACUUCGGCAGACUCAAGAGUUUAAUUGAACUUUGAGGCGAGUUGUUGAAAAUAACAGCAAUUAUACUAAUGCACCAUAAAACCUCCGCCUUUGAUAAGCGAAACGGCAAAAAAAAAAAAAAGGAAAAAAGAAAA